AUGGCUCCGGACAAAAUCUGGUCGACGGAGAAGGAUCAUGCCUAUCCUGAGCCGGGCUACAAUUUGUUCACAGUUCGCGAGCUUCUGCUGCUUUGUGAGCCAACGCCUGUGCGCUUCGAGGAGAUUUCGAUGCUUGGUGCUGCCAUCGAAGUUUCCUUUGUCUGGAAUUGUCACAUCAACAAUGACAAAUGCAAGCCCGAAGUGAAGGUUAGAAGACUAGACAC